AUGGCGCGGGAGACAUCCCCUCUGCUCGAAAAUGCGGACCCGAUUGAAGCGGAGACUUCACCGGAGACUCCUCUGUUAUCGGCAAGUGGGGAAGAUGCAGCGAAACACCCACGAUACCCGAGUGCAAUACUGAUCGCUUUCGCCAUAUGCUUCCUGGCGGAUGCUGGGGCCUCGCUCCUGGGUGUCCCCGAAGUACGCGCUUUCGAAAUGGCAGUCUGUAGAGACUACUACGUGGAGCACGACCCAACGGUCAUCGGGGAGCCUCCCUGGUCUUACGUGGAUGAGAGCCUUUGCAAGUUGAGAGGGAUCCAGACGAGAAUGGCGUAUCUUCGGGCCACGAAAGGACUCAUCAUGACUAUCCCAGGUAAAGAAUGCGGCCCGAUGUGCCUGAGCCCCAGAUUUUCAGAACAGACUUUAACAAUCGAGGGCAUUCUUCUUACCUUUCCAUACGGAUAUCUCUCGGACAGAGUUGGCCGCAAGCUUGUGGUCUUUCUUUCAUUAUUCGGUCAGAUCCUGGAGAUGUUCGCAACUAUCGGGAUUCUGUACUUCCACCGUACUUUCUCGACAAACAUGGUCCUUCUGACACCAAUUUUCCGCAUCAUCGGUGGCGGCAAUCGCGUCUUGGUCGCCAGUCUAAGCUCAAUCGUCGUGGAUACUGUUCCGCCUAGUAUGCGGCCAACGCUUUUCUAUGUCACUGGGGCGGGUUUGCUCAUUACCGAAACUGUGAUGGUCCCCAUUGGUUCUCAGUUGCUGCUGAAGGACUUGUGGUUAGCCUUCAAAGUCGCCAUGCCUAUACUUCUCGCGUCGUUGGUGCUAGUUGGCGUUCUGCCUGAAACUCAUGAUCCCAAGCAUAGUUCUGGUGAUGGAACCGACGAUUUGUCUGUGGACAGCUCGGAUACGAACAAACCAUUUCUACACAUGCUUCUGAGAAGAGGGGCCAACAAUGUCAAGAAAGCUGGGCAAGGUCUCAGGGGCCUUCCCAAGGGAGCAAAGGUCACACUGUCGAUCAUCUUUAUAUCUAAAUUUGCGAGAGAAUGCUCGAGCCUGUUCGUUCAAUACGCAUCCAAGGUAUUACACUGGCCCAUCGCCAACGCUGGAUAUGUCAUAUCAGUCAAGAGCUUCAUCUCUCUCGUGCUACUGAUUUUACUCGCCGGUAUGUCGACAGCUGCCAGUCGCCGGGGCGAAGCCGCAACCUUGCUCCUGAACAGGCGAGUGGUCAUCUUGAGCCUGGCGAUGCUAGCGUUGGGAGCGGUACUUGUCGGUCUCAGCAUAAAUGCGGCGACUCUAGUCGUGGGUUCGGUAUUUGAAUCUACAGGAUACGGAAUCGGCCAGGCUCUCCAAGGCACAUUGGCUUCCUUCGCAAACCCUUCGUCAACAGGAGAGCUCUUCGCCGGGGCUGCACUGAUCGAGCUACUCGCCGGGUUAUCGGGUACCUUUGCAUUCGCUGGCCUAUUUGACCUGGGUCUUCAGUCCAGGUUUCCCAGAGGAGUUGGAUUGCCCUACUUCGUGGCGGCAAUACUUUACGCUAUAGCCGUCAUUGAGUCAUUGUCCCUGUAA